AUGCGUCUGUACGAUUCCCAGAGUCACUUUCGAUAUCUCAGAAUGUCGAAAGGAACAUUUGAUUUCUUACUAACAAAACUGGAGCGUCUUCUACGUCGACGUAGCUAUGGAAGUGCCAUCCGUGUACAGAUUUCACCUGCCGAGCGCCUCGCUUUGACACUACGCUUUUUGGCAACUGGAGAUUCUCAGACGUCAUUAUCGUUUGGUUUUCGUGUUGGGCGUUCAAUCGUGUGCGGUAUUGUGCGAGAGACUUGCUAUGCCUUGUGGGAGGUACUUCCCCCGGAAUACGUAAAGGCUCCUGAGAACGAGCAAGACUGGAGGCAAGUGAGUGAGGAAUUUCGGAAAAUUUGGAAAUUCUCAAAUUGUGUGGGUGCUUUGGAUGGAAAGCUUGUAGUGAUACAAGCUCCUCCUAACUCUGGCUCGUCUUUUUACAAUUAUAAGGGGUGUCAUUCAAUAGUUCUUAUGGCUGUCUGCGAUGCACACUAUCGUUUUCUUCUUGUGGACAUAGGUGAUGCUGGAUGA